AUGGAGACUCCACCUGCGAAGGAGCUGCUGAAGAAGUUAAUGGAGCUAGAGGAAAGCCAGGGGCAGCUAAAGCAGGAGAUGUCUAGGCUCAAGGUCUCGACGGAGCUUAGGCAGCGAUCGCAUUCGGUUUUGCCGUAUCGGAGAAACAUCGGCGACGGAGCUCCAGCACGGAGCGCCGCCGCUUCGCCGCCUUUCCGUAAGGAAAGACGUAUCCAGGAUUCGUCGAAUUUGAGAGCUGGAGGGGGACCAUCGGCCGGGAAGUUCACCGAUAAUCAGUAUCUGAAUAUUCUGCAGUCGAUUACACAAUCUGUUCAUGUCUUCGAUCUACAAAUGCGAAUCAUCUUCUGGAACGCCAUGUCGGAGAAGGUUUAUGGGCACUCGGCUGCAGAAGUAGUUGGGAGGAACCCGAUUGAUAUUCUGGUAGAUGAACGGGAUGCUGCAUUUUCCAUGAACGUUGCUCAACGUUGUCUCCGUGGGGAGACCUGGACCGGCGAGUUCCCUGUGAAGAGCAAAUCUGGGGAGAGAAUUUUAGCAAUCACUACUUGUUCCCCGUUUCAUGAUGACGACGGUACUCUUAUUGGGAUCAUCUCUAUCACAAGUAACGCAGCACCGUAUAAGCACUCCAGAGUCUCUUUGGCUAGAUUAAAGGCGCAAGAAGGUGAAAAGACACCUGGCCCUGCAAAGAAUAGUUUUGCCUCUAAGCUUGGCCUUGGCUCUGACCAGCCGUUACAAGUUGCUAUAGCAUCAAAGAUAUCAGAUUUGGCAUCCAAAGUCAGCAACAAGGUCAGGUCAAAAAUGCGACCAGGUGAUAGCAGUGGGGACAUUCAUGGGGAUGAUGCAGCAUCAAGUGGUGCCAGCACACCAACAGUGGAUGUGAUUACUCCUCCUUUUGGUGUAUUCACAUAUGACGAUGAUAAGAUUCCUUCGAAACUCUUUAAAGAGUCCAAUGAUGAGAGUGAUGGAAACUCUGCAAUCAAUAAGGUUCUCACCUCAAAAGUUGAAGAAUGGAUGGUGAAUAAAGGUUUGUCAUGGCCGUGGAAAGGGGAUGAGCAGGAAGAUGGCUCUCACCAGAUUGAUCCCUCUUCUGGUGUGAAGUCUGAAAGCCAUGCCUCUGUCAGUAAUAAGUCUACCAAUAACGAGGCUUCUAGUUUGUGGUCUUCCUCUGUAAAUACGAACGACACAAGCAGCCGUAGUAGCUGUGGAACCAGCAGCAGUGUUACCAACAAGGCUGUUACAGAUAGCGAUUGCUUGGAAGAUGAGAUUUUGUGGGAUGAUUUGACAAUUGCAGAACAGAUUGGACAAGGCUCAUGUGGAACGGUCUAUAACGGUCUCUGGUUUGGAUCUGAGGUAGCUGUAAAAGUGUUCUCCAAACAAGAAUAUUCAGAAGAGCUCAGACAAUCUUUUAGACAAGAGGUAUCGUUGAUGAAAAGACUUAGACAUCCUAAUGUUCUGUUGUUUAUGGGAUCGGUGACUUCACCUCAGCGUCUCUGUAUAGUGUCAGAGUUCCUUCCACGUGGAAGUCUCUUUCGUCUACUUCGGAGAAGUACGUCAAAACUGGAUUGGAGGCGACGUAUUCAUAUGGCCUUGGACAUUGCUCGCGGUAUGAAUUAUCUUCACCGUUGUAGUCCACCAAUCGUCCAUCGUGAUCUGAAGUCGUCAAAUCUUCUUGUAGACAAGAACUGGACCGUAAAGGUAGCUGACUUUGGUCUUUCGCGUAUCAAGCAUGCGACAUACCUAACCAGCAAGUCCGGAAAGGGAACGCCUCAAUGGAUGGCACCAGAAGUUCUUCGAAAUGAGUCUGCUGAUGAGAAGUCUGACAUUUACAGCUUUGGAGUAGUACUGUGGGAGCUUGCCACAGAGAAGAUCCCAUGGGAGACUCUCAACCCGAUGCAGGUGGUUGGAGCUGUGGCAUUCAUGAACAAGAGGCUGGAAAUUCCAGAGGAUAUUGAUCCUCGUUGGAUCUCAUUAAUUGAGAGCUGCUGGCACAGUGAUACAAAGCUGAGACCCACAUUCCAAGAACUGAUGGAGAAACUAAGCGACCUGCAAAGAAAGUACACAUUACAAUUCCAAGCGACCCGUUCCUCUUUACUUGACAACCCUCUCCUCAGGGACAACUAA